UCUAUCCCAGGGGCUGCCGCACCGGGUCCGGAUCUCGCCAUGGGGGCUGCCGGUCUGAGAGGGCAUCUGAGCCUCUUGCUGCUGCUGUUACUGCUGCUCCGCCCGACCGCCGCCUCCGGACUCACAGACAGCGAUGAAUGCGCCGAGGGAACCGACGACUGCCACAUUGACGCCAUCUGUCAGAACACCCCCAGAUCGUAUAAGUGUAUCUGUAAGCCCGGCUAUAAGGGAGAAGGGAAGCAGUGUGGAGAUAUCGAUGAAUGCGACAAUGACUACACUGGCGGCUGCGUACACGAGUGCAUCAACAUUCCGGGCAAUUAUAGGUGCACGUGCUACGAUGGCUUCAUGCUGGCUCACGAUGGACACAACUGUCUGGAUGUGGACGAAUGUCUGGACAACAACGGCGGAUGUCAGCAGAUAUGCGUCAACACGAUGGGCAGCUAUGAAUGUCAGUGCAAGGAUGGCUUCUUCCUCAGCGACAACCAACACACCUGUAUUCAUCGCUUACACGAAGGGAUGAACUGUAUGAACAAAGACCACGGCUGUGCCCAUAUCUGCCGCGAGACGUCCAAGGUCGGCGUGGCCUGCGAGUGUCGGCCGGGCUUCGAACUCGCAAAGAACCAACGCGACUGUACAUUAACCUGCAAUUAUGGGAAUGGUGGAUGUCAACAUAUGUGCAAUGACACGGAUACAGGCCCCGUCUGCGACUGUCACCAGAAGUACGCGCUGCACUCAGACGGUAGAACCUGCAUCGAAAAGGAUGAGGCUGCAAUUGAGAGUUCUGAGUACAAUUCCACGUCAUUAGCUGAUGUGGACAAGCGUGUGAAACGGCGCCUCCUUAUGGAAACGUGCGCCGUGAACAAUGGAGGCUGCGACCGCACCUGCAAAGACACGGCGACGGGGGUCCGCUGCAGCUGUCCGGUGGGAUUCACGCUUCAGCCGGAUGGGAAGACGUGCAAAGAUAUCGACGAGUGUUUAGCAAACAACGGGGGCUGCGAUCAUUUCUGCCGGAACACCGUCGGGAGCUUCGAGUGCAGCUGCCAGAAAGGGUACAAGUUACUGACCGACGAGCGCACCUGCCAAGAUAUUGACGAAUGUUCCUUUGAAAGAACCUGCGACCACAUCUGCAUCAACUACCCCGGGAGCUUCGAGUGCGUCUGCCGCAGGGGCUACACGCUGUACGGGAUGACCCACUGCGGAGACAUCGACGAAUGCAGCGUUAAUAACGGCAGCUGUGACUCGGGCUGCGUUAACACGAUGGGCAGUUACGAGUGUAUCUGCCCCCACGAGAAAAAACUGCAAAAAAAAAGAAAAGACUGCGUUACUAUUGGUUGUCCUCUGGUUUCCGCAGAGUCCGUGAAGUGUCUCCCCGCCACGAAGCCCCCCGCCAGGGCCCAGCUCGCCUGCACCAAACCCGGAGCGACGGACAACUGCUUCCUAUCCUGUCCGACGAGCACCCUGUUCCUGCCAGGUGCAGAGAACAGCUACUCGAUCAGCUGCGGAGCCCCCGUCCAAAGCAAGUCCGCCCCGAGACGCAACUCUACCAUCCCGGCAUGCGCAGACUCGUUAGGCCCCCCCAUCACGCAGAAAAUCCGAUUUAAGAUAAAAGAUUCCAAAUGUAAUCUACGACCGAGGAGCAGAGAGAAGGUGAAGGACUCUGGACGUCUGCCCCUGAUGGAGAAUUGCCACGUGACGUUUGUGAACCUGAAGUGUGAUUCCUCCAAGAAGAAGAAACGCGGACGCAAGUCUCCUUCCAAGGAGGUCUCUCAUUUGUUCGCAGAGGUGGAGCUGGAGGUGAACAGGGAGGAAGUUUCAGACACGUGUAACGCGGACUGCGUGAGGAAGAGGUCGGAGCAGAGGCUGCAGGCUGCCCUCAAGACGUUGAAGAAGUCCAUCAACAAGCAGCAGUUCUUCAUCCAGCUCUCCGGGGUGGACUACGAAGUUGCCCCAAAGCUGUCCAAGAGCUCGGCGAGUCCAGAAGCGUGCGGCUCGGGCCAGGUGCUGCACGACGGAAAAUGCGUUUACUGCCCGGCCGGCACCUAUUACAGCGGAGAACACGCGCGGUGCGUUCCGUGCUCACCGGGCACUUACCAGGACAUGGAGGGGCAGCUGGCGUGUGAGCCGUGCCCUAGCAGCGACAGCGUGGGCAGUGCGGGCGCGCGGAACGUGUCGGAGUGCGGAGGAAAGUGCUCUCCGGGACACAUCUCCCCCGACGGCUUCAAACCCUGUCGGCCCUGCCCGGUCGGGACUUACCAGCCUGAGUCGGGGCGGACGGUUUGCUUCCCGUGUGGAGGAGGCCUCACAACUAAAUACGAGAGUGCGGUUUCCUUUCAGGACUGUGAAACAAAAGUCCACUGCUCACCCGGACACUACUACAACUCCACCACCCACAGGUGUAUCCGAUGCCCCGUGGGCACCUACCAGCCCGAGUUUGGGCAGAACUUCUGCAUAACGUGCCCGGGGAACACGAGUACGGACUUCGACGGCUCCACUAACGUUACUCACUGCAAAAACCAGCAAUGCGGGGGGGAAUUAGGAGACUAUACCGGAUACAUCGAAUCCCCCAAUUACCCCGGAGAUUACCCCUCCCACGUGGAGUGCAUCUGGUACAUCAACCCGCCGCCGAAGAGGAGGAUUCUCAUAGUCGUACCCGAAAUAUUUCUCCCCAUAGAGGACGAGUGCGGAGACGUCCUGGUGAUGAGGAAAAGCGCCUCCCCGACUUCCAUCACCACUUACGAAACGUGCCAGACGUACGAGAGGCCGAUCGCGUUCACCUCCCGAUCGCGCAAGCUCUGGAUCCAGUUCAAGUCCAACGAGGGAAACAGCGGCAAAGGCUUCCAGGUGCCUUACGUGACGUACGACGAGGAUUAUCAGCAGCUGAUAGAAGAUAUCGUCCGGGACGGGAGGCUGUACGCGUCCGAAAACCACCAAGAGAUACUGAAAGACAAGAAGCUGAUCAAGGCCCUUUUCGACGUGUUGGCGCAUCCUCAAAAUUACUUCAAGUACACGGCGCAGGAAUCGAAAGAAAUGUUUCCCAGAUCCUUCAUCAAACUCCUCCGCAACAAAGUCUCCAGAUUUUUACGACCUUACAAGUAGCUUUUAUCCUCCUUUUAGCCCCAAUUCCCCCCCUCCUUUUUUUUUUUUUUUACCGUUCCUGUUUUAUUCCUCCCCGCUUUAGAGACGUUCUCUUCCUGAAGACUCAUUUUUGCAGCCUUUGCAUCCCUUUUUGUAAAAGCGGAACAAAAAAAAGGGGGCUUAUUUCAGACGCUGCAGAAAGACGCUCGGCCCUCGGGAGCAACCGGGGACCACAGACUUUUCCCCUCUCUGCGUCUUGCGCUCGGAUCCUCAGAUCGCGCAUGUUACUCCUCAGACGGCAACAAUAGCGUGCCUGCUGCAAUGUACAGUGAUGCCGAGCCCCUCUCUGCGAUGGCGGGGGGGCACCAGUCUCCGAACAUCGCAACCCAAGGGAGGACAACACAAUUCUACCCACGGUCUUCACCUAGAGGACCUGAAACCGGAAUAUCCCCAAAUCUCCCCAAAAUGAUGCCUAAAAGUCUAACUUCACGCCACCAGUCUCGCCAUCAUCGUACUUUUUUAAUUGAUGUGGCGAAUUAUCUUGAUUUUUUUCUCAUCCUUUAUACGUUUGAUGCCAUUUAAUUUUACCCGCCUCGCAUGGUAACAUUUAUCAGAUUAAACAAACCAAAUUUUAGAUGGAAUUUGAAAAAAAAAUAUAAAUUAAAAUGGGCACCGCAAAAAAAAAAAAAAAACCCGGCGAUCGUAGAAGCCCCCGGCCCAUUUUUCCGUGAAAUACAAAAAAAAAAAAAAAAAAGCCAGAUACCGCAUCCAAAAUGAAGCCUCCAAUCCGUGCAAAGGAAUAUCCUCCAUCUGCAUCCCGUAGAAAAAAAAUCCUUAAAAAACUCCCAAAAAACUGAAUUGGCCGAGACUGCGGCGAAAACACAGAGGAAGGAGUUAUCGGUGCGUCGCGUGGGGGUCCGAUCCCUGCCCACCCACCUGCUUCAAGAGGCAGCGAAAGGACCCUGCCUGCAUCUGCAGAGAUUUCACCCAAAUUAUUCAGAUAAAAUGUAUAUUCUAGAACUUUUUCUU